GCUAUAUAAAGAAGGCGCUUGUGAUACUACGAUUUAAUAGACGCUUUGAGCCAGAACCCAACGGAACAAAGCGGAGUCGCCACAAAAUGUUGCUAAAAUCGUGCUUGCUGUUGAUACUGUGCAGUGUUGUUGCGCUGUCUGCCAACAGCUAUGACGGCUACAAGAUCUAUGACAUCAAUGCACAGAACAAUUUCGAGAAGCAGCUGAUGUUGCGUCUGUCCCAGAAUGCCGACUUUGAUUUCUUCGAUCUGCCACGUGCUGCAGAUGCUGCCACACGUGUCAUGGUGCAGCCCAAGGAUCAGCCCAGCUUCGAGGAGCUGCUGCGCAGAUUUGGCGUUGAUUAUGUCGUUGUCGAUGAGAAUCUGGGCGCCACGUUGGAGAAGGAGCAGCUGGAGAAUCAGAGCCAACGCCUGAUGGCUCAACGUGGCACCUCACGCAGCAUUAGCUUCACCGCCUUCCAUCGUCAUGCCGAGAUCAAUGCCUAUCUGGAUGAGCUGGCCAAGGCUUAUCCCAGCCGCGUGACUGUGCAGACUGCUGGCAAAUCCUAUGAGAAUCGCGAUCUAAAGACAAUUACCAUCACCAAUGGCGAUGGCAGGAAGGGCAAGAAUGUCAUCUUCUUGGAUGCGGGUAUUCAUGCUCGUGAAUGGAUUGCUCAUGCUGGUGCUUUGUAUGUGAUCUACCAGCUGGCUGAGAAUUUCAUGGUCAAUGCUGCCCUGUUGAAGGAUUACGAUUGGGUUAUUCUGCCAGUGGUCAAUCCCGAUGGCUAUGAAUAUACUUUCUCCAACUCUCGCAUGUGGCGUAAGACCCGCAAGCCAGCUGGAUCCUGCACCGGCACCGAUGGCAAUCGCAACUUUGACUUCCACUGGGGUGAGGUGGGUGCCUCCAGCUUAUCCUGUGUGGACACCUACAUGGGUCCAACUCCCUUCUCCGAGCCCGAGACGCAAGUGGUGCGUGAUUUGUUGCUCGGCUUGACGGGACGUGGCAAAUUCUACCUGACGCUGCAUUCAUAUGGCAAUUACCUGCUCUAUCCAUGGGGCUGGACCUCCGGUUUGCCCCAAGAAUGGCGUUCUAUCGAUGAGGUGGCCCAAGCAGGUGCUGCUGCCAUCAAGAAAUCCACCGGCACCAAAUACACCGUUGGUAGCUCCACAAAUGUGUUGUAUGCCGCAGCUGGCGGCAGUGAUGAUUAUGCCUUUGGUGUUGCCAAAUUCCCCAUCUCCAUCACCAUGGAACUGCCCGCUGGCGGCUCUGGCUUCAAUCCCACUACUGAACAGAUUCUGCCAUUCGUCAGUGAGACCUGGACUGGCAUUCGUGCCAUGGCCGAAAAGGUCAUUGAAAAGUACUAAAGAAAAGCGUCAAAAUAUUUGCAAUAAAACACACAUAUGUUAUAUCGAAAUACAAAUUGUCUAGUAUUC